AUGGAGGCACGCUUUGCUUUUGGCAUUACAGUUAAAAGGAAAGGGAUAGCCAACCACAGAAAGUAUUACAGGCAUAUAAUGCGUAUCAUAGCAACCGAUCCGUGUCGUGGCCAAGCAUUUGAUGGGGCCUCCAACAAGAGUGGGAUAGGAAAUGGAGUACAAGCUUUGAUUAAAAGAGAGGAAGAGCAUGCCCUCUAUGUUCACUGUCGUGCCCACAACCUCAGUUUAUGCAUUCAAAGCACCACAAAGCAAUCACAAUUGAUGAGAAAUGUUAUUGAAUUCCUGUUUGUGUUAAUACAACUUAUCACUUACUCACCUAAGCAUCUUUCUCUGUUUAAUCAUAUGCGGUCUCAAGUUUUUAUUGACACUGGUGAAACAACUCCUGCUAUACGAACUUUAUGCCCUACCCGUUGGACAGUGAGAAACUCAGCAAUUAAUAGCAUUUUGAUGAACUAUGAGAGCAUUAUAUAUACAUUGGAUGAAGUUAGAAAAGGUAAUGAUGAAUAUGCUGCUAAGGCAAAUGGCCUACUACAACAGAUGGAAUCAUUUGAGAUAUUUUUUGGCCUAAAGGUGUCAUAUCUGAUUUUUAGUAACUCAGAGCAGCUUUUAACAAGUAUGCAAGCAAAAAAUACUACUGUGUCUGAUGCCACUAAUGGUGCUCACCUACUUGUGACUCACUUAAAAUCACAGAGAACAGAAUCUUCUUUUGAAACUUUCUACGAAUUUGUUCUGAAGGCAUUUUCUGAACUUACUGAUGAGCCUUGUCUCCCAAAGUAUCGUAAAACACCUAAAAGGUUUGAUGAUGUUCAUAGCUUAGAAACUCUCCUACUUAAAGCUUCAAAUGGCAUUAUUGAUGAACCAGAAGAAAUAUUACUUCAGUACCUCAAGAAGGAUAUUAAUAAAAAAUGUUUCAUUGCACAACUCUCAAUGCUUCAAGAUAUGAUUCAAAACGCCCAGCAAAAUUCAAUAAAAAAAGUUACAUCAUUACAAACUAUAGCAGACUCUAUGAAUAAGAGUGAUAUUUAUAAGCAUAAGUUAGGAGAAAUUGACAAAGUAUUGAAAGUGUAUUUUACAGUUCCUGUAACAACAGCAACAGCGGAAAGAUCAUUCUCAGCCUUGCGUAGAUUGAAGACUUUUGUUCGUAGCACUAUGACUCAAGAGAGGCUUAAUAAUCUACUGAUGCUUUAUGUUCAUGACUCUCUGACUGAUUCUCUUGAUCUUGCUGAUGUUGGGAGUCAGUUUGUCUAA